AUGCAACAUGCCAGGUCAUCAAACGCAUUAACCAAUAAGAUUCACGGCGAAAAUGUGGAGACAUCGCAGCUGAUUGUACCCGUAGGGCGAAUGAGUGCCAAUCAAUCAAGUAUAACUGUGGGGUCGAAGCGUGCUAUCUCAAACAACCAACUUUUAGUCAACAAAUCUUCUGGAACUUCCAUUGUUGUAAACCGCCAGAACAACCAUAACAUCGAUUCAACAAAGAGAGAUCUACCGAAUUUGUAUAAAACAAGCAGUAACAAUAAGGAACUCAAGGCCACAAUACAAUUGACUCUUUGGUUUCAUGAGGGUCGAACGACACAAGAGGAUGUAUUACUCGAUUCCAAUGCUUUUCCCGGAGGUGUUGCUCCUGGAGAGGUGUAUGAACUACAAAGUGUAGAUUCACAGUCACCAAAGAAGCUAGUGUUUAAGUUAUCUCAACGAAAUAUUCGGGAGCAUCAAGAUACGCCAGAGUUAAAACCAUUGGAUGCACGACAAAAACAGCAACAAUCACAGUCCCAAAUUUCGCUACAAUCAAAUCCAUACCAAAGACUACUUGACCUAGCGCCAAGGAGUGUUGUCCUGGUACGACGAAUCACAAACUUGGAUGCGGUAGCCAUCGAUUCUAUGGAAAUAUUCAUCAAAGAUGUGAAUUUGUCCAGAGAUGCCAUGUGGCAAUUUUCGUCUUCGUUGGUUGAUAGGUGUUGCCACACUGAGCAAAGACUUUCCUUUCUCAACAACAGGACAGGUGUUGUUCGAUACAUGUACAAGAAUGGGAAGAAAGUAUUUUCUGGUUACAUAAACAAAGAAACUAAAAUUAUUUAUAGAAGUGAAAGUGCAAAGCUUACUGUACUUAUUCAACUAUCAAGGGAAAUGUGGAAUUUUGAAGAAAACGGGGAAAUCAUGUUUCAUAAAUUGGUGAAUAAUUUGUUUCCCAAAAUAUUUCGACGCUGGAGAGACAAAGGUACACAUCACUCAAUUACAAUAGUCUUAUUCACAAGUGUGGACCUUACGAAUGUUCCAUGGACAAACUUGCUUCCUGGAGAACGCCCUUCUCAACGUCGCGAUUACUUUAGGGUUGUCGUGGAUCAGGUAAACAUUGUUCAUUGGGAUCGAAUUAUGGCAAAUUUGAGACUCGAGUUUGCAAAUUUCAAACGUGAUUGUAUGUUGAAUCGAGCACAAGAAUCAAGGUAUAUCUUGGAAGGUCAGAUGUUGCCCGCGGUGAAGGGAAACUUUCUAGAAGCGGUGAAUGUAGCUUUGGUACUGUUUAAUGACCGUUUCAGAAAUACUGAUUUAAAACAUUCACUUAACCACUUUAUCCUUAUCACACCAGGAACAGGAUUAUUUGAUGUUGGCUACGAUUUACUCCUCGAAACAAGUAAAAAAAUGUCUAUUAUUGAUACUAGCCUUGAUAUCGUGUGCUUGAGCCAACCUCCGUUACACGUAACGCCAUUACUUCGAUAUAUCAAAAAUGGGAAAGUGAGCUAUUGUGUACCUAUAUGGUGUGACAUUUCCUUCUUCAAGGAGAAGCAAGAUGAUAUAUCACAGUGGAUUCCAAGGUGCAAGAUUUACGAAUUGCAAAUGAUGGGUGUUAUGGAAAACGAGGCGAGUGAUGCACGCAUAUCACGUUUGUAUUUGAAGAGACAAGGCGACUCAUUGACCGAAUCGAUGGAUAAGUACGAUGAGUCCAUUUUUCUGCCUAUACAGCGAAAGGUGGAGUCAGAAAUAGACUUUAACAUUCCUGAACCAAAAUUUAAGGCACCGUCUAUAAAAGAUUCUAAGGCAACACUUUCCUUAAUAUUCAACAACCGAACUUCCCUUCUCCCAGCAAAUGGUUUGACAACCAACUCGGCUGCUAUGGGGACAGUAGCUCAUCCUAGUGGGGAAACAUCUGCGUUGUCAAGAUUGUAUAACAUUAACAAGUAUAGCGAAGAGAAGGCAGUAACCUCACCCACGGCGCUGUUGAAAAGCGUUCCAAGGUCUAGCGAAGGCAGUCAAAUUGAAACCUAUCGAAAAGACUCGCAGUCUCCAAGGAUCAUCAAAGCUGAGACCUUAUUCUCCAAACGAGAAGAGAAAUCUCGAAAGCAAAUCAAUGACCCAAAAGCCGGCGCAAGAGAAAAGUUUGCCGCAAUCUCAGAAUCUGCGGAAAUUCCCCCUCAUAACUCUCUUUGGAUCGAGAUUUCCAACCCUUCGAGAGAAAUCACAAACAAUAUUCUUCAGAAAUCAAAUGUUAGCAGAUGGAGCAACCUUUUUCCGGACAAGAUUCAGCGUAAAUUGAUCAAAUGGAGAUCUUUUCAAGCACCUGCAGCAUUGCCUAUUACGACAGGAGUGUUUCCUACUCAGCAGCAAUUACAGCUGCAGUACACUUUUCAAAAUUAUACGGUGUACUUGAAUAGUGAAAAUUACUUGGAGCUACGAACAACUCCGGAAUUAAUGAGGGAGAUGAUACAACUACGAUUGAUGUCGGGUUUUCAAAUUUGUUAUGGAGAUGGUGUUAAAAAAGCUGAAGUGGAGAGAAAACCAGCGGGUAAUGCUGAGUCCAUUAUCAAAUACUUUCCGGAUGACAAUUUCCUUGGCUCGAGGAUAUAUUUGUCCAUGGAUGAUGAGAUUCACCGUAUAUUUUGUGAUUACAAUGGAAAUUUAAAUGUUCAAUUAUACCGGAAAAUAAUUAAGGAUGAUGAAAAGAAGAUUACGCUAGGUCAACGUGUUUCUCAACCUUACUUUCCUUUAAUUAGGACUAGGUAUGCAGACGAUUAUUCACCAUCACAGGUGGAUGCGAUUGCUCAAUAUCCACAAAAGUAUAAUUGGAAUCAGUUCGAUCAGUUUUUGGCAGGCUUUGAUGAUGCGUUACCUGAUGACAAAAAAGAAUUUCACAAGAUGAAGUUUGUGGUGAUGCCUGCAGAGAUACCCAAAAACGCAUACUAUUUGAGUAAUGAACAUUUGAAUGCUGAGGAGAUAAGAGUCGAAGGGUUGAGAAAAUUGAUAGCAGUUAUUGAAAAGGGCAAGUAUAGGAAAGACCACAGCAAACCAAAAACUGCUGAUCGGUUCUCCGACGUUAACUUUUACACUGGAAAUCUCUACGACUUUUUAUCCAAUGAAUCAGAGAAUUACGACCUCACGGGGAAUCAACCAACGUUGAUGAUACCCGAGCAUAUGCGUUUCAACAAAAGUAUAAAAUUAUUAGAAUUGGCACUUGAGUUGCAAAACCCACAAUCUGGAUUGAAACUUGUCGAUAGAACGUGGCAUUUCAAAAAACAUUUGCUGUGCUUUAUCGGAAGCGAGCUCGUGACAUGGCUUGUUGACUGUUUUGAGGAUAUAGAUACACGAGAGGCGGCUGUUACUUAUGGACAAAAUUUGUUGACUAAAGGUGUUUUCAAGCACGUCGAACAGAGGCACGGGUUUAUUGAUGGCUACUACUUUUAUGAGUUUGAAGAGGAAUAUCUCGAAAAGGUUGACAAAGUGAAUCGAGGCUCCUGGUUUAGUAGUAGCACCAAAAAGGAAGGUUCUAUCACGUCAAAAUCUACCUCGUCACCGAAAAUUCAAGGACAAGAAGGGCUCGUAAAGGUCACGACGUCCCACAACAUAGGCUCGGAAGUGUCAUCAAUGGCGGACUCUACCGGGAAAAAAAAUAGGAAGUUCAUUUUGAGCAAAGCGAUAAAGUUUGACGUAGACCCUUUGAAAAAAUCAAACAGACUGGAGGUGAUCACUGUACAUUAUGACCGUGUUCAUAAUCCCGAUCAUUGCUAUCAUAUAAGACUACAAUGGCUCACCACCACCACCAAGUUUAUAGAAGAUACAAUUAUGGCGUGGUCGCGGUUAUGCGAAAGACAUGGUUUGAAAUUGGUUGAAACUCCUUGGAAAGAAUUGUGCAUGAUACCAAAAUUGAGUCCGUUUCAUUCAUUUGUUGAAGUCAAGUUAUCAGUGGAUCCUUUAUCUGACGAUGAAUUCGCUGAUCCAAGAAUUAUAAACUCAAACAAGUACUACUAUCACUUGUGCUUCUUGAAGAAGAUGAGUUUUUUACUUGAUAAUCGCGCUACUUCGUUUUUCCUGCGUGAUAAUAUUGAUAUCACUUAUAGUUGGGGUAAACCUACAUUUCAAUACGCGCAAUUUAUACACAUGACAGGGUUUUACAUUGUUGAGUUGAGAGAUAGUGGCGACUUUUUCAUGGCUCCUAAUAACAUGCAUGUUACCAGAGUCAAUUCUUCAGUGUCGCCUUCAGGAGAUUAUGAAGCUAGUUCCAGAACAACUCACUUGGACUCUCAAAAAGUCAUGUUGAAUUUUAGAGCUGCGUGCCAAAAUGCACAGUAUUUAAGAGAGGUGUUUCGUGAUGCGAAAUCUAGCUGGCAAGAACAGUAUGUUUCACAAAUUACGUAG